AUGUAUUUAGAUAAGAGAGCAUUGAGUGGCUCUGGAGUUCCUGAGAGGAAGAGUCGAAGAACCCACAAGAACUCACGAGAUGGAUGUCCUAAUUGCAAAGCGAAGAGAAUAAAGUGUACAGAGGAGCUUCCCUCAUGUUAUAAUUGUAUUAAAAAAAAUAGUCGUUGUGGCUACGCCGAUUUUCCAAAAGAGAAGUUAGAACAUAUCAAGAGAAAGAACGAAAAGAAGAAGAAACAAUUAAGGGAUGGUGGAUCCCUUGAAGCUUCUGAUAAGGAUUCGGGGCAUGAGAGUCUGAGCCUCGGAUUUCUGCGAGAUGAAUCUACUCACUUAUUCAUUAGUCCGCUACCUGUACUGCAUCUGCUAAAUUAUCAACAAAAUGAACAUCAAAAUCUGCCGAAUCAAGGCAAUAAGGUGCCAGACUCACUUACAUCCUAUAAUUUAAGUGGAAAUUUGUCUUCUCUGCAUCAUGCGAGUUCGAAAAAUAGAGUUCCUCAGUUAGGAGAAGAAUUUUACAUUACAAAGAACCACUUAAGGAACUCAUUAUACAAUGAUGUCUUUAUAAAUGCGGUAAAUGGUACAGUACUUCCUGAUAACACCUCCAACUUGAAAAGUGUAGAGACUGACUUCCAAAAACAUAUACAAGGACAUAACAUAGUAUUUCCAAAUGUUAAAGAUAAAUCCGACUCAUCAUUAAACAUAGGGCAUGAGAACUUCGUCGAUCACCUUAAAGACAGAAUUUCAACUGAGCUGUUAUCUCCUGCUACAAUUAACGACUUCAAAUUGAAAACUUUGAAAUCCAAUUCUAUUUCUGGGCUGUUUAAAUUUCAAAAGCUAGUCAAAGCUCCAAAGCUCCGUAAUCGAGAACUAUCAAAGAUUUUAAAAAAGCUUCCUAGUAACCCUAGUCAGAUGUAUGUAUCUUAUAAAGUUCAAUGUGUGCCUGUGUGGACUGAAGAGGCGAUUUUUGAAUUCUGGACAAUAGUAUUUUAUCAAGCCUGCUUCAUGAAAAUUUACUUUUGCUUUUUCAUUGAUCAUUCACUCAAUACAAUUUUACGAAAAUGUGACAGGGAAUUGGCCAGUCAAGUUCUCUCAAUGGCAUCAUUAGAGUCAAAUGUUCCUAACUCGAAUUCUUCAAGCUCAUUAUCUACACCCAGUUGUUCCCAGAGCUUUGACGAGAAGGAAUUGAACAAGUUGAUUCAACAUUCAUACGUAAGCUAUGGGAGAUUAAUAAAGUGCUUGAGAGAGUCUCUCUCAAAAAUGUACAUUGAAUAUCCUGCAAAAAUAUCGUUAUAUUCUUCGUGGUCGACCUAUUUGAAUUCACAUGCGACAGUAGAUACUCUUUCUACGAUGCACAAUGGUUAUGUCACUUUAUAUUCAAAGGCUAUUAAUGAAGCCCAUGAUAUCAAUGACCUUUCACCAGGUAUUUUUCAUGCGGUACAUUUCUUUAACGAUCAAUCAAUUGCAUCUGUUAUUCCUGAUUAUAAUUUUGGAGUUAUCUCAGAGCUUCUAGAUGAUGUACAAAACUUUAAGGCGUUCAUGUUAAAGAACAGAGCUGUCGUAGAACGCUUGGAAUACAAAACCUUGAUACAGUUAUUACUUGGCUUAGAAAAUUUUUUAACUUAUUUGGUGAAAGAGUUCCAUCCCAGGGUUACGAAAUUGAACAAUUAUUACAAAUUGAUUCAUUUGAUUGACGAUAAAUCCAAUAACUUAUACUUCAUUUCUAUAUCAAUGUUUUUUGAUCUACUAGUUCUGUGGUACAAAGGCUACCCAGGUCACUUUCCCACUGGAUCUCACGUAUGUGGAUUUAGAAAGACACUUUAUCUCAUGUUCUUGGCAGUAGGUAAGGCUCUCAUGCACAUUUAUUCACCAAUUAGAAGUGUUAUGGUUGCUGAUACAUGCAAUCUCAUAUUUCAGAGGGCUGAUUUUAUUUGUGAACAGUUUAUGUUUGAAAAGGAUAAUAUGUUGUCGGAAGAGCUGAAUCAAUAUUUAGUCACAUUCUCGCACAAGUUGAUGAGAAUAAUCAAGUUUUUUGAAUACCGAACUCUCUUCUACUCUUAUUAUUUGACGACUUCCACAAUUUUGAAUACAGACUACUUGAAAUACGUCGGCACUGGGCCAAAUCCAGUUGACGAUAAACACAAUGAUAUUGUUCAGCUAUUACCUAAGGUUUUGGACACUAAUGAGGUCAUGUUAAGUAGUUUUAUCGACUCAGUAGUGAUCAACGCAGAGCUGUACCCUAUAUUUGAUCUGAUCAGGGAAAAUAACAAGCUAACUCAAUUUAUUGACGAAGAAAAAAUUGAGCAGGCUCAAAGGCAAAGAAACCAUCCAGAUACUCAGACUGGUGUUAUUUUUGAUAAAUCUUGUUCACUUUUCACCUCAGAUUUCAAUCCAUCGUCAUUGUUGGCUGAAUUUAUAGGCAUGCAGAAGUUUAUAUGGUCAGUUUACCCCUUGACUUUGGAAGAAAUGCGUACUAGAGUGUCUAACUAUCAAAAAGGUAGAUUAGAGAUUGCAAAUUCCAUAAAACUCUCUAACAAAUCUGUCUGA